AUGACCUCUUUGAAUCACUCCGGGAACACCAGGUUCACCGUCUUUAUCCGCCUACCAUGCCCCAGGGGUGACUUUGUGGACCCUCCCCCAAUGGAAUGGAACGCAGCCAAAGAUCAAGCUCUUUGGGACAUUCUCUCACGCCCCUCCAAAGGCGAUGAUCUAGAUUGGAAAGCAUUGUACCAACACACACCACAAUUUUGCUCUACACACGUACUGACUUGUCUCUCUGAACGAAGAGCAGAUCACUUUGAAGUCACGCUUCAGUUUUUACUUCAGCAGGCAGCGUGGCUUUACGAUCGUCAGCUAUCACAAGUGCGUGCACAAAUGCGCAAGGUUCCAACCACGCAAUCGACUUCGACUUCGCCCGCUCCCGGCUCAAUAUCCGGCAGUGCUGCCCUCGGUCAAGCCAAAGGUGCCUCAAACAAUGCCCCAAGAACUACCAGUCGUCUGGCCUCGCAACAGAAAGAGCCUGUGCCUGUGCCCCAACGAGCUCCGAUUCCAAGACGCACAAGCUCGACAACAACCAUCAAUCAAUUAAAGUCCGCCCGAGAACCGAUGCGCACCGAGCCCGCGGCGACCGAGCCGAAAGAGCCGACUCGAGAAAUUCACACUUCACGGCCAUCUGGCAGCCGACGAGAUCCCCCUGUGCCAAAGUCGCCGACUCUGGAAGAAGAAGAUCUAACUAGUAGUUCCUCCGAGUCAGAAUCCGACGAGGACGAACGGAUGGCAAGCCGCCGGGGACUCAGAUUUAGGCCCUUCGGCAAGUUCUCCACACAUAAACCGGGUCUACGAGAUGAUGAAGAGGAGGAGGAUGAUUCCCCUGCCUUCCUACCCCUGUCAUCUGGUCCAGCUCACGUUCAUCAUCAUCCCUCGGGUCCAGAUCUCAAUGCCACGUUACGGAUGAACGAGGACGAACCUGCGGGCCCCCGACGACGUCCCACCGAACAACAGAUCCAUGUACAUAGAAAGCCCCCCACGGCCGAGUCAUCCACGAGCUCAGUCAGCUCUGGUGUUCCAGUGACUUUCCCAGCCACUGAUCGUCGUCGACAUAUGCAUCAAAGCGGCGGCACAUUGAGCCCCCGUCGCGGUCCCGAAGGAGCCCCGUUCAGUCCGCGCCGGUCUCUUGCAUCUGCUGGUCGAGAAACCAGCGACGGUACGCCUAGUAUGGGAAGUAGCUUUAGUGAUCUAGAUGAUGCCAGCGUCACGCAGUCGGCGCUCGAGGAGGCCAUCAUGAGCAAUAUGCAGCAUGGAGGAAUGGCAAGCCGCAUGAGUACUAUCAGCCAGGCUUUGCGAAGUCGCUAUCUGCCUUGAUAUGAAUUCUUGUUUUCACGCUCUUUGUACUUGCGCUUAAGCUAACUACAUUUCUGCCCGAUUAUCCUGGUAGAGCAAGGCCCACAACCAUUUAAUUUCAAGUUUGAUCAAG